AUGGCCAAGAUCAUUCGACCACUCGAUCUAGAGGCCGGUUGGCGAUGGCCUCGUCAACUCAACAUCCACACGGCUGACACCAAACAGGGGUGCCUCGACUGGAUGGCUAGUUUUAGGACGUUUUCUGGCCAUCUACCCAGAAAUAGCGGUCCCUGGCGGAAUCUAGCCUUUGUGAGGCGUGGCUUGUCAUCGUUUUGCGUCCUCCCGCCCGAGUCAGAACUCAAGCACAGAGCUCGACUUGGAACUGGUAUGUUAUUCGCCACAUGUCCGAUGGCCAGAUUUUGGCAAGCGCUGACGACCAUGCAGCAUGUCAUGUGCGAGAAGCCCAUCUCAGUUGACUUGAUCACCACCGAAGAGGUCGUAGCCAAGUCCGUGUCUAAGCCUCACCUCAAGUUCUUGCUUCCGUUCUCGCGGCGCUAUGACGAAUCUUACCGUGCUACAAAAAGAAUGGCCGAGAACGGCCAAUUAGGGGAGAUUCAUGGAGUCGAGGCUUCCUGUCUUCAUUCUCAGGACAAGAAUGCUUUUUAUGGCCGGUACUUUCUCGACGUCGAAAAGAAAAUCCCGAACACCAAGAAGCAAGUCAACCGUGUGGUUGCAUUCGGCCAACAAGCUGUUUACAGCGAACUUGCCAAGUUUGGCGAUGCAGAUAACGCCUGGGGGCUGGUCGAGUUCGCCAAUGACAAGAUUCUCCAAACUACCUUGAGCCGCACCAUCACCAACGGCUUCGAAGCCUUCACACGCGUUUGCGGGACCAGGGGACACUCGGUCAUCAACGGCAACUCGACACUGAACUGGGUCGAGAUCCGCGACGAGUACGGUGUCCGGACGACCUCGACUGCCGAUGCUUUCGCUCUCUACGACAGAACGUUUAUCAACGACAUCGCAGAGUUCGCCACAGCUGUCCUUGAGGACCUGCCUCCGUCAUGCUCACCUCAAUAUGCCCAUGAGGCAGGCAAGAUUGCGUGCGCCUUGCAACACUCUUUCGCUAGGAGAGCCUGUCUAUUUCGAUGA